UCGAGAGAAAUAAUCUAGUUGAAAGCUUUUCUUAGCCAAAUAAAACUGGUGGAUCACAAUAGAGACCAGCUCUAGUUUUUCUUUCCUUUUUCUGGUUUGGUCUGUCUGUAAAAUCGAUGUGUAAAAGAAGAAGAAUGAUAAAGCAGGAAGUUUGUUAGUUACGAUUUACGAUGAUGGUCUCACCAGCUUCAUGGGUUUUGUCCCCAUCUUCUUCUUCUGUCGUCUUUAGUCGUCGCCAGAGGUUACCUUUGGUGAGAUCAGCCGUCGACGGUAGGAACGAGAUUGUUCCACCGGCACAGAGUCAAAUCCCUAACAAAGAAGUAACGGAGAGCGUGAGUGUGUUAAAAACGGCUGCAAAAACUCGGAAGGUAGCAGCAGAGGAGAUUUUAGCUGCUUUCUCUGCUAUUGAAAAGGCUAAGGUUGAUCCAUCACCAUUCCUCGAAACACUAGGUGGAUCCGAGUCCCCUGGACGAACAUGGAUGCUCAUCUUCACUGCCGAGAAGAAACUGAAGAAAGGUCGUUAUUUCCCUCUAACCGCUGUUCAGAGAUUUGAUGCUGCGGGGAAGAGAAUAGAGAACGGGGUGUAUCUUGGUCCACUAGGAGCUUUGACCUUCGAAGGAAAGUUUUCAUGGAAGAACCGUAUCCUAGCCUUCAUUUUCGAACAGAUACGCAUAAAGAUUGGACCUUUAGAUCCUAUAAAGAUCGGUUUGGGAAAGAAAGACGCAGAGGUAGAGCCGAGUAACAAAGACCCUUUCUUUAUUUGGUUUUAUGUCGAUGAAGAAAUAGCUGUUGCUCGCGGAAGAAGUGGUGGUACAGCUUUCUGGUGUCGUUGUCGCCGCAUUGCUUCAUAAUGAUGAUCACUCUUUUCUUCUUCUCUAAAAGCUUUCCCUUGUAAAAAUCUUUGAAUGUGUGAAUGAUACAAUAUGAGUCAUCUGCAAUGUUGUGAUGUAAACUAAACCCGGAUGGUCUAAGGUUGUGGUAGGAAAAAUUCAUGGGCUCUUUCAGUUUGGUUUAA